AUGAUUGGCGAGCCUGUUCUCGUUACCAGCCACGUUGAGGAGCCGGAGACGUACACUCAUGGUCAUGAUGGGACGACCAACUCGUGGUUCGGUAGCGCUUACCCUGUACAUGUACCGAUGCUUAGUCAAGGAAGCCACGGUCUCAUGUUCUGGCUGCGGGAUAUCACGGCACAAACGAGGCCGCUGGUUUUUCUGUUCCAAUAG